CUUCUAACUUGCCUCCUGCGAUAGGGCAGAUGAAUUCUAGAGAAAUGGGAAAAAAAAAGUGAGAAUGCUAAGGUUGCCAGUCUCACUUCCUCUCACCCUUUAGCCCAGAACAUCUUUGAAUAUAGUACUUGCAGAGAGGCACCCGCCCAGAGAAAAGAGGUCGGUGCCCCAGGGACUCUGCCUUGCCAACAGCUACAGUUAGUUCAUCGUGCUUUCUCAUGGCCUCCUCUGGUUGCGGAAAAUGCCAGGAUGAUGCCUUCUUUCUGCCUGCCUGGGACACUGAUGAUGGCUUUGUUCUUCUCCCUGAGACCUGAAAGCUUGGAUCCCUGUGUGGAGGUGGAUCCUAACAUUAGCUACCAAUGCAUGGAUCAAAAUCUCAACAAAAUCCCGGAAAACAUUCCCUCUUCAGUCAAGUACUUAGAUCUGAGCUUCAACCCCCUGAGGACAUUGGGAAGCCAUAGCUUCUCUAAUUUUCCAGAACUCCAGUUGCUGGAUUUAUCCAGGUGUGAAAUUGAGACAAUUGAAGACAAGGCAUAUCAGGGUUUACACCAGCUCUCAACCUUGAUACUGACAGGAAACCCUAUCCACAAUUUAUCCCAGAGAAGUUUUUCUGGACUACCAAGUUUACAGAAUCUAGUGGUUGUGGAAAUAAAACUGACUUCUCUAGACAGCUUACCUAUUGGACACCUUAUAACUUUAAAGAAACUCAAUGUGGCUCACAAUCUUAUACAUUCCUUUAAGCUACCUGAAUAUUUUUCCAAUCUGACUAACCUAGAACACUUGGACCUUUCUAAUAACUAUAUUCAAAGAAUUUACUACACAGACUUACAGACUUUACGUGAAAAUCCCCAGCUCAAUCUCUCUCUAGAGUUGUCCUUGAACCCAAUUGACUUUAUUCAACCUGGAGCCUUUCUAGGAAUUAAGCUCCAUGAAAUGACUCUAAGAAGUAAUUUUAAUAGCACAAAUGUAAUGAAAACUUGCAUUCAAAACCUGGAUGGUUUACAAGUCCAUCGGCUGAUCUUGGGAGAAUUUAAAAAUGAAAGGAAGGUGGAAAUGUUUGACCGCUCUGUCAUGGAAGGACUGUGCAAGGUGACCAUUGAUGAGUUCCGGCUAACGUAUGCAGAUGAGUUUUCUAAUGAUAUCACCGACUUCUAUUGCUUGGCAAAUGUUUCUGCAAUCUCUCUGGCAAAUGUGUAUGUGAAGCACCUAGAAGACAUUCCUAAAUAUUUCAAAUGGCAAACCUUAGCAGUCAUUAGAUGUGAACUCAAACAAUUCCCACCUCUGGAACUCCCCUUUCUUAAAAAGUUGAUUUUUGCUACCAACAGAGGGGCUACCAGUUUUGAGGAAGUGAAUCUGCCAAACCUCACUUUUUUAGAUCUCAGUGGAAAUGGUAUGAGUUUUAGGGGUUGCUGUUCUUAUUCUGCUUUGGGAACAAGAAGCCUGAAACACUUAGACCUCAGCUUCAAUGGUGUCAUCAGCAUGAAUUCAAACUUCAUGGGUUUAGAACAGCUGGAAUACUUGGAUUUUCAACAUUCCACUUUAAAAAAGGCCACAGAAUUCUCAAUGUUCUUACCCCUUGAAAAACUUCUUUAUCUUGACAUCUCUUAUACUAACACCAAAAUUGACUUCAAUGGCAUAUUUUUUGGUUUGACCAGUCUCAACACCUUAAAAUUGGCUGGCAAUUCUUUCAAAGACAACACACUUUCAAAUGUCUUUACAAAUACUACAAACUUGACAUUCCUGGAUAUUUCUAAAUGCCAACUGCAACAAGUAUCUUCGGGGGUAUUUGACACACUCCAUAGACUUGAGUUACUAAAUAUGAGUCACAACAAUCUACUUAUUUUGGAACCAUUCUAUUAUAAACAGCUGCACUCUCUCAAGACUCUUGAUUACAGUUUCAAUCACAUAGAAACAUCCAAAGGAAUACUUCAACAUUUUCCAAAGAAUCUAACCUUCUUAAAUCUUUCUCAUAAUUCCUUUGCUUGUAUAUGUGAGCAUCAGAACUUCCUGCAGUGGGUCAAGGACCAGAGGCUGUUUCUAGUGAACACUGAACAAAUGACAUGUGCAACACCUGUAGAGAUGAAGGGCUCCCUGGUAUUGGACUUUAGGAAUGCCACCUGUUAUAUGCAGAAGACCAUCAUUAGUGUGACAGUGAUCAGUGUGCUUGUGGUAUCCACCAUAGCAUUUCUGGUCUACAAAUUCUAUUUUCACCUGAUACUUAUUGCUGGUUGUAAAAAGUACAGUAGAGGUGAGAGCAUCUAUGAUGCCUUUGUCAUCUACUCCAGCCGGGAUGAAGACUGGGUGAGAAAUGAGUUGGUAAAGAAUUUAGAAGAAGGGGUGCCCCCCUUUCAGCUGUGCCUCCACUACAGAGAUUUUAUUCCUGGUGUGGCCAUCGCUGCCAACAUCAUCCAGGAAGGCUUCCACAAGAGCCGGAAGGUUAUUGUUGUGGUGUCUAGACACUUUAUCCAGAGCCGCUGGUGUAUCUUUGAAUAUGAGAUUGCUCAGACAUGGCAGUUUCUGAGUAGUCACUCUGGCAUCAUCUUCAUUGUCCUGGAGAAGGUGGAGAAGUCCCUACUGAAGCAACAAGUAGAGUUGUAUCGUCUUCUCAGCAGGAACACCUACCUAGAGUGGGAGGACAAUGCUCUGGGAAGGCACAUCUUUUGGAGAAGGCUCAAAAAAGCUCUUUUGGAUGGAAGAGCCUGGGAUCCAGAGGGAGCAGCAGAGACAGAAAACAAUCAACAAGAAGCAACAACUUCCAUCUGAGGAGAACAAAACUCUGGGUCUUACACUCAUUCUAUUUACAAGUAUUACAUGUUACAGCUCAUCAUGGGUUCUGUUGUAGGCAAGGGUCCUAUGAUGCACAAGGUACCAAGAAGCUGGUAACAUAAUGGACCUUACAGAGAAGAAAGUGAUAAUACUCUGAUAAAACUACAUAUCUUCCAGGUAUGUUCUUUCACCAACUCAGGCAAAGAAUCAUAAUCAGUGCCCACUGUAUCAAACUGAAGGAAAAGAGGCUAAGCUAAGCCCCAGUGAGAGCAAAAAGGAGCAUUAGUUAUCCCUAGGCCCUUUGACUAUAUAAAAUAUAUCAUGUACUGUGUUUCAAUUACCAACUGAACUGAAUCUUUGCUUACUUUCCCUUUUUACUACUUAAUGCAAUUUAAAUUCUACUGACUUUCUGAGUACCUGAUUCAAAGUUCAUCUUCUAUUUUAUGUCAUUUUCUUUUGAACCUAUUUCUUCAGGAAACCUGAUUAAUACAUGUUCACAGACAUCCUAGGCAGUACUUAGUAUGCUAUAUUUAUUAAAUAAAAGUUCUUAAUAUACUUUUAUUUUUAUAAACUCAGUUAUCACUUUUCAUGCCUUCUUUAUAUACGCAUAUCAUAAAUAAGGUUGUUAGAGAUAUGCUAGGAAUGCCCAUAUUUAACUAUAAUUUUUCAAGCAAGUGUGUAAAAUACACUCUGUCACUUUGUCACUGGGUGUCAUUCUUAAAUUAUUACCUACUAAGUUAUGGAUGUCACAGAGGCAGUGUUAAAAAUAAUUUGGUUGAUGGGAUAUUUUUAAUCGAGGGAAUAAAGCAGAGAGGAAUGCAUGUACAGGAAUCAGAUAAUGUGGUCAUUUCUUUUUGAUAAUUCUGGAACCAUAGAUGCUCACAUAGCUGAGUGGCAACACAAGACAUGUUGCAAUUAAUGUUUCUUUUCAGCAAGUACACUGUUUAUUUGACUGGAAGAUACUUUCAGGGAGUUAUGGAGAUCUGAGGUCCUUUCCUCUCAUCCUUCCCAUUGCUAGACAUGCUUUAUGAGAUGAGUGGACAUUGGGAGUACACAUUGCUACUUCUUGUUAGGUAUCACCUACUGGGGAGGGAAGAUUUUAUCAUUAUGAAGACAGGGCAUUCAAAGAGCUUCUCAGAAAAGUUCAUUUUAAUGUGUCAUUACAAGAAAGAACAGUGAUGACAUUCUUAGGGAACUGCAACAUUAAAAACACUAUAGGCUUUCACCUUAUUCAGAUCAGCAUACCAGUGUAUAUAUACUGGCAUAUACACUGUGUGUGUGUGUGU